AUGGGCAUUCCAGGAUUCUACACCUGGCUAAAGACACUAUGUCCGAAGCCAUUCACUCGACUGCUACCAGGCACAAAAGCAGACACAUCCUCGUCCCCGAAACAAGCAUUCGAUCAUGUCCUAGUCGACUGCAACAACAUGAUCCAUCGAGCUGCGUCCAGUGCAAACACCGAUGUCAGAGUCAUCCGAGCAUUCCAUCAAAAACUGCUGAUGGAGUUGAGAAAGAACAUCAUACCUACAAAGUCCCUCUUCUUGGCCAUGGACGGACCUGGUCCAAUGGCAAAGAUCAUGGAACAGAGGAGGAGGAGGGUCGAUUCUACUAACAGAAUGGAGAGACAAACUGAAUCAGCCUUUGCACCUGCUAAUUUCACGCCUGGGUGUGAAUUUAUGAACACGAUGGACAAUUACCUAGUCAAUUUCGCAGCUCGAGCUUUUGCAAUGGACACCUUCAAGCCUCCUCUAGAGCUCACUGUUUCUGGAUCUCGGCUCAAACUGAUACAGGAAGCCAAACAUCUGUUAAAAACUCAAGAAAAGGGCGACACGUACUGCUUUGUGACUGCUGAUGCUGAUAUCAUUGCUUUAUCUAUGGCAAGCCAACUCCCCGUAUUCAUCUACAAGUCCCAAACACAAGAAAUCCUAGACGUAUCCCUCCUCUCAAAAUCAAUCGCCUCCAAAUUCCCAGCAAACGCAUUCCCAGACCGCAUAGCACGAGACUUUGCCCUCCUAACAGUCUUCUCUGGCGGCGACACAAUCCCGAAAAUGAGACACGUCUCAAUCACGUCGUUAUGGAAUACCUAUGUCGAGUUUCGACAAAAGCACAAAGAUUUAUAUUUAUCAACGGAUGGAGAACGAGGUGGUAUAUCCACGAAAGGCUUAUACACAUUCUGUAAAUUGGGGAUUGAUGAAAACAUAUUGAUGGCGCAUGAUCCGAGAACCAAGGAACGUAAAAGUAUAGAGAAUAGUAGUGGUAGUAAUGUUCAAGUGGAUGAGUGGAUAAAGGGGAUGGCAUGGGUCUUGGAUGGUGGGCUGAGAGGAGAGCAUUUGGAUUAUAGCAUACUGUAUUUGGGGAGGGCGCCGACGCCGACUGAUGUCAUCAAGUAUCUUGAGAGUACUGUUGGUGAAGGUGUUAUAUCAGUCAAGCAACAGGAUGAGGCUGUUAUGGCUCCGGAUACGAGAGUACCUGCUUUGACACCUGAAAUGUGUGCUGCAUCGUUACUCCCAGCACGUAUGCAAAACUUAAUACCCGAGCUCUACAGACCAUUAUUACAUGAAGUUGAUGCGGAACUUAUUAGAGCCGGUGAUGAUUCUGUUGCGUGUGCUCAAGUCAUACACAGCAUACCAUCCCGCCCACUCCCACCAGACACCUCAAAAGUCCCCGGCCGUCUAAUCACCGUAUCAGGACCACGAGACGAUAUAAAAGCACAUUUGAACUCCUGGCUGCCACAUAUCAAGGGCUUUUCGUACUUGACGGAUCUAUCGAAAUUCAAAGUAUUUUAUGCUACACGGUAUAAUAAUAAUAGUAAUAAGGUUGGUAAUUUGGCACACAGGAAGGUAAAUAAGGAGAAAGUUAAUAGUGUGGGUUUGAAGAAGAAGAGUAAGCCUCAUCGUGAGAGUAACAAGAUGGCAAAAGCGCCAACACCAUCACAACCAUCGGUCAAGAAACAUCAUGUCGCUCCGAUGAUGUUAGAUAGGAAACCUGUAGAACAGACAUCACUAGAAGCAUGA